UUUCCCCAAUGAGCCCAACAGGUAUGUAGGAGUGUGUGCGUGUGUGUACUAUAUGCGCAUGUGUGCAGGUGAACAAGCGGGUAAGUACGCGUUUGAUCUAUCGUAUGGAAGAAAGCGAAAGGAGGAGGUGGAAUCUGGCUUUUGAUAGCGAGCAGUCGAGGUGCUUUAUCGCUGCUGCUGACGUCGUGUGUUCGACUAGUUUCUCGCGCGUGUGCGUGUGUGUGUGUGUACGAUGGAGUCACGAGAUCACACGCAGCUGUGGCGCUGAUGCAGAGGUGGAACGAUAUUUCUUCGCGUAUCUUAUGAUACAGUUUUGAGAGACUGUGUCGAGCUUGCGAUGAUAAUUAUGAGGUGGAAAAUAAAUUGUUUGCUAUUUUGAGUAAUUAUUGCUGAUUGUACGUGCUAUAUAUGCACGACGUUUCUACGCGAUCGAGUUUGCUCAUGCAGGUAAAUAGUAAAAUGCUGAUCGGAAAGAACGCCGGCGUUGAAUCAAAAAGUAUCGUCAGUUUUAUUUAGAUAAUUUUUUGAAAGAACAAUGUUAAUACAAAGAAUAUUGCUGCGCUCGUUCAAUUGUGUGAGGUCACAGAGGCUUAGCUUAAAUGUCAAGCAUGUUUGCCAAAUAAAUCUUGACUACUUUCACACCAAAGCAAACUGGAGCAAACAGCGUUUCUACUCUAGCGAUGCGAAUGACAAGGAUUUAAUUUGUAGCGUAGGGACUAUCGGACAUGUAGAUCAUGGCAAAACUACUCUCACAGCUGCCAUCACUAAAUAUUUAUCAGAAAAGGACAAAAACUGUAAAUACGUUUCCUACGAUGAAAUUGAUCGUGCUCCUGAGGAGAAAGCUCGGGGUAUCACAAUAAACAUUGCUCACAUUGGAUAUCGGACUAAGAAGAGGAGAUAUGCUCAUACUGAUUGUCCUGGACAUUUGGAUUUCAUCAAGAAUAUGAUCAGUGGAGCAUCCCAGAUGGAUGGAGCAAUUCUUAUAGUUGCUGCCACGGAUGGUCCCAUGCCCCAAACUAUGGAACACCUUCUGCUGGCUAAGCAAGUCGGAGUUAAGGAGAUCAUAGUUUACAUCAACAAAGCUGAUCUGGUUGACGAAGAAGUUCUGGACCUUGUGGAUCUAGAGAUCAGGGAGCUUUUGGAAAAUUUUGGAUUUGACUCUGAAAAUAGUCCAGUAAUAAGGGGUUCAGCUUUAUUGGCUCUUAAAGGAGACACUUCUAAUUAUGGAACUCCAUCAGUGCAAAAUUUAUUGGAUGCUAUGGACUCGUACUUUUCACCUCCCAAAAGAGACUACACAUCUCCUUUCAUUUUACCUUGUGAUAACCUUUUCAAUGUACCAGGUAGAGGUACUGUUGUUGUUGGAACUGUCAAAAGAGGAAUCAUCAAGAAGGGUGCAGAAGCAGAACUUAUUGGAUUUGAUGAGCGUAUCAAAACCGUCCUUAGCGACGUUCAGAUUUUCCAAAAAAGUGUACCAGAAGCUCCAGCUGGCGAAAAUGUUGGUGUUCUGCUCAGAGGUGUAAAAAUUAAUGCUGUGAGAAGAGGAAUGUGGGUCGUUCCAAGAGGUUCACAAACGUUUAGCAAUCACUAUGAAGCUCAACUAUAUCUUCUAAACACUUCUGAAGGAGGCAGACAUAGACCUCUUGGGAAAAACGGAUACUGUUCGAUUAUGUACUGCUCGACUUGGAACAUCUACACGAGAGUCGAUCUUAUACUACCAGAUGGCCAAAAUAUGCUGAUGCCUGGUGAACAGGCCACUUGCAGAUUGACUCUACUUGACUGUAUGCCAAUACUGAUGGGUCAGACUUUCACGAUAAGAGAACAGAAGUGCACUGUCGCCACCGGAAUCAUAACUGCAGUUCACGAUCGCGUGGAAUUCGACAAAAGGAAAAUGAAUGAGAUAAAAAUUCCUGGAGUCAAUGCGUAAAAACUUUGAAUAUUUGUAUAUAAUGUAAUAUGAUAUUUUAUUAAAAAAUUUAAACUAAUCAAAUGGAUUAUUUGCAAUGCCUACUAUCCUAAUGUGUUUAUACAGAAAUCAAUAAAGGAUAUUCUAUAGUUUUCAAUUU